AUGGCGGAGGCUCUCCGAGAGAGUGAGCAGUAUCCCAACCUCAUCGAGCACGACAUCCUCCUCGACACCCAUGAAUCACACACAUUCGGCCCUUCCAAGUGGUCACCCUACACCAACACCGUCAUCCUUCGGGACGAGGAGACCAUCUUUAAGCUCGCGCGGGAGGCCCAGAAAGGCGAGGUUGCUCCAAUGCAGCAGGCAGACACGACCAAACAGAAUCCAACCAGCGUGCUCGCCAAGAAGGUCCUUCGCGUCAACUUCAUCCGCUCCGUCAUCCACCAGACCGGCAAAGGGAGGGUGAUGUCCAUGGCCUGCACAUCACUUGUCGGGAACGGCCACGGCUUCAUCGGCAUCGGCGAGGGCACCUCAGGCGAGGGCGUGUCCGAGGCCCGCGACAUCGCCAUCAACCGCGCCCUUCGGAGGAUGGACCAGGUCGAGCUCUUCGAGGGUCGCACGAUUUGGACGGAGAUGGACGGCAAGUUCGGGUCCACGCGCAUCAUCCUCCGCCCUCGCCCCGUCGGGUUCGGCCUCGCGGUCAACCCGGUCGUCCACGAGGUCUGCCGCGUCCUCGGUAUCAAGGACCUCAGCGCGAAGGUGUGGGGGAGCCGGAACAAGUACCAGGUGCUGAAGGCGACCUUGCGUCUACUCUUGCCCGGAUCUAUGCCGGCGAUGAUGGGCAACGGGGUUGGCGGGAAGGGGAAGAGGCUGGAGAAGGGGGUGCCGAUGAGGACGGCGAUGGAGAUGGAGCUUGCGCGGGGGAGGAAAAUCGUGCCUCUGCACGACUGA